AUGGCUGCCUCAAACUCGACAGAGCAUGCGCCCAAACGACGAAAAGUUCGACAAGAUUCAGGAACCGUCACAAUUGGAGGCAAGGCCAUCUCGGUGGCCGGAUAUCUCUCUUCUUCCCCCAAGCCCAAACAAGCCGAGGCAAGCAGCCUGACAUCAACGCCCUCAACUCCCUCCAAGGAGAACCCGUUGCUCAAAGCUCGCCGGGAGCUGCCGAUAUGGCAACACCAAGACGAGAUCCGAACGGUCGUGAAGCGCGUGGGCACCGAUGUCAUUGUCAUUGUGGGAGAGACUGGUUCCGGAAAGAGUACGCAGGUGCCGCAGUUCCUCUACCAGGAGCCCUGGUGCAGACGACACAAGGUCAAGCUGCCAGGCCGGCAAGAGGAGGGAUAUGUGGGCGGCAUGAUCGCCAUCACGCAGCCGAGACGAGUUGCUGCCACGACGCUGGCGCAGCGUGUUUCAGUCGAGGCGGGCACUCCCCUCGGCAAGGGACGGCCUGACGGGCUUGUGGGAUACUCGGUUCGAUUCGAUCACCAAGUGCCCAAGGGAACCAAGAUCAAGUUCUUGACAGAAGGUACUUUGCUGCAGGAGCUGCUUCGGGAUCCCUACCUGAGACAGUACAGCGCCGUCGUCAUUGACGAAAUCCACGAGCGAAGCCUAGACGUUGAUCUCCUGGCCGGAUUUCUGAAACAGAUCCUGUUUGGGGAUCAAACGCAACGAGGAGGCAUUCCGCUCAAGGUCAUCAUCAUGAGUGCGACGGCCGAGGUGGGUGUCAUCCAGGAGUUCUUCGGCAACGCGGCUGCGGAAGGAAGAGACAAGGCGAGCAAUGUCGAGCUGCUGCGGAUCAAGGGCCGCCAAUACCCCGUCACGAUACACUACGAACCCCGGCCGGUGCCCGACAUCCAAGAUGCGCUGCUGAAGAAGAUUUUCAAAGUUCACGUCGAAGAGCCGUUGCCCGGGGAUAUCUUGGCUUUCCUCAACGGCCAGGAGGAUAUCGAGGCUGCGCAGCGGCUCAUCGAGGAAUAUGCCACGACUCUUGCGUCUAACGUGCCCAAGAUCGUAGCCGUUCCCCUGUAUGGACAGCUUUCGAUUGAAGCACAGAGUAUGGCCUUUCGACCCGCCAAGACCCCUCGCACACGCAAAGUCGUCCUCGCUACCAACAUUGCCGAGACGUCCGUCACAGUCCCGGGCGUGAGAUAUGUCAUCGACUGUGGCAAAGCCAAGGUGAAGCAGUACCGACCGCGGCUCGGCAUGGAGUCGCUAUUGGCCAAGCCCAUUUCAAAGUCAUCCGCCGUGCAGCGUGCUGGUCGUGCCGGCCGUGAGGGCCCAGGCAAAUGCUUCCGGCUUUACACGGAAGAGGCCUUCAACAGCCUUCAAGACUCAGACCUCCCGGAGAUUCUGAGAAACGAUGUCCUGGGGGCCGUUCUUACCAUGAAAGCGCGCGGCAUACAGGAUGUCAUGGCCUUUCCCCUGAUAGACGCACCAGAGCCUGCGGCGAUCGAAAUGGCCCUGCUUCAUUUGCAUUUCCUGGGAGCACUUGCGGACGACGGCACCAUCACGGCGGCGGGCGAAACGAUGGCCAGGUUUCCGCUUUCGGCUCCCCUGGGGGCUGUUCUCCUUGCCGCUGCAGGACCCGAGUUUGACUGCGUCCUCGAGGUGAUUGAUGCCAUCUCCUGUCUCACAUCAGGCGAUGACAUCUUCAUGCACGUGCAGUCGGAGGAGGGCUCGGAGGAAGUAGAAGAGUAUCGCAAGGACGUGCAGAGACGAGAGGGCGACAUCAUCACGUAUCUGACAACGAUGCAGAUGUAUGCCGCAGAGAACUCGGACCGGAUCGGCUGGUGCAAGAAGCGCAAGAUCAACAUCCGAAACAUGAAGCAGGCGUUGAACAUUCGCCGGCAGCUUCGAGGCAUGUGCUUGAAGGAGAAGCUUCUCUCCGAGAUGCCACCGCCCGAUCCCCAGCCGUUUACGCCUCUGUCGCCGGAAAGGGCGGAGUCGGUGAUCAAGUGCUUCCUCAGGGGCUUCGCAAUGAGGACGGCGAUGCUGGCGCCGGACGGGAGCUUUGUGACGGUGCACGGCAAGCAUGUGGUUGCCAUCCACCCUUCGAGUGUCAUGCAUGGGCAGAAGAAGGAGGCCAUCAUGUUCCUUGAGCACGUGUAUACGAACAAGAAUUACGCAAAGAAAGUGAGUGCGAUUCAGGCGGCAUGGAUUGCCGAGGCAUUGGGGAGGUAG